GCAGCUCAGGCCCCAGCUCCCGAGCCCUGCCUUGUUCCGUGUGACUAGAGGACCUCGAAGUCCUGCAUGCCAAGCCUGGCCCUGCGGUCCACUCUGACAGGCUAUGGAACUCUUCCAGGCCUGGCCUCCCGGAGCUCCCGUUGCCUUUUUGACUAGGGCACCGAAGGCUCCGCCUCUCGAGCCCUGUCCCGCCCUCGGCAUCUCCAGACCCCGCCUCACGGGCUCCGCCUCGUCCACUGCUCUGACGGAGCACGGGAGCCUCGCCACCCAGCCCCGCCCCGUAUCCAGGACCGGCUGUCCACUGGGCACUGCAGGGCCCUCGGGUCCCCGCGACUGGCUCCCGGGGUCGUCAUGACGGCUGCCGUGUUCUUUGGUUGCGCCUUCAUCGCCUUCGGGCCCGCGCUCGCUCUUUACGUCUUCACCAUCGCCACCGACCCUUUGCGAGUCAUCUUCCUCAUCGCCGGUGCUUUCUUCUGGUUGGUGUCUCUCCUGCUGUCAUCCGUUUUUUGGUUCCUAGUGGGAGUCAUUACUGACAACAGAGAUGGACCAGUACAGAAUUACCUGCUCAUCUUCGGAGUGUUGCUCUCUGUCUGUAUCCAAGAGCUGUUCAGGCUCGCAUAUUAUAAGCUGUUAAAAAAAGCCAGUGAGGGUUUGAAAAGCAUAAACCCUGAGGAGACAGCACCCUCGAUGCGACUGUUGGCCUAUGUUUCUGGCUUGGGCUUUGGAAUCAUGAGUGGAGUGUUUUCCUUUGUGAACACCCUGUCUAACUCCUUGGGGCCAGGCACAGUGGGCAUUCAUGGUGAUUCUCCUCAGUUCUUCCUUAAUUCAGCUUUCAUGACACUGGUCAUCAUAAUGCUGCACGUGUUCUGGGGCGUUGUGUUCUUUGAUGGCUGUGAGAAGAAUAAGUGGUACAUCCUCCUNACGGUUCUCCUGACACAUCUGGUGGUGUCCACCCAGACUUUUCUAAGUUCUUAUUAUGAAUUGAAUCUGGUAACCGCAUAUAUAAUCAUGGUGCUCAUGGGCAUCUGGGCAUUUUAUGUUGCUGGAGGCAGCUGCCGAAGCCUGAAACUCUGCCUGCUCUGCCAAGACAAGGACUUUCUUCUUUACAACCAACGCUCCAGAUAACCUCUGACCGUCANCACCUCCAAACAGCAGCCUGUGUCUUUAGAGGAAGCACAACUGGGCCCUGUUCUAAAAAGANCCCUUUCUUUUGGAACUUGGAAGCCACAGAACUGUCUAGCCUGGAACUGUCCUGUGCUUUCAUGCAGCAGCCUCUGGAAGAGCUGCAGUGUAGCCUGCAGCCUGGCUGCACAUUUGAAGCAUCUGGGAAACAAGGACUGAUGCUUCUGGGCUUCUCCAGACUUGAUAAUCCUGGAUGUGCAAGACAGCUGAGAGUCACUAGGGUCUAAUGGGACGUUCCAGAGAACACCCAAAAGCUGUUCAGUAUUGGUCUUCUAAGCCAACUUCAGCUGAGCAAGUAAAUAUCUGAAUGUGGUAACCAGGGUAGCCCUUGUCUUUUUAUNUACUNNUGUCACAGACCCCAGGGCUGUUCUGUCUGUGGAUNGNUUUGCUAGCCUUCACCAGCAUCAUAGGCUGUGCCUUUAAAUGCAGUAACCUACACUGACAUUAUAACUUAGCCAAGGUAAGGUCCAUGUAUAACCUGUAUUUUUCUCAUUAUUUUAUCAAUUUUAAGUUUUUCUUCCUCAGGCACUAGAUUAUUUAUUUGAGUAUAAAUCCAGGCUCUUUAGGAUUAAUUAUAUGCUGACUUCCUUGGGAGAGUCUAAAAUUAUAUGCUGAAUUCCUUGGAAGAAAUUGGCAGUGCAAUUUCUAUGGAUUCCGUAAGUUUAUUCAUUAUAAAAUACUAACAGCCACAUAGAUUCCUCAGUUUUAAGCUGCUGUGUGUGCUGUCUGAAACUGGCUUGUCAAGGGAAAGCUCACCAUUUUUAUCUCUGAGAAGCCGGGCAGGGAGAUGAAUGAUGGACCUUUGGGAGAUCUUCUCUGGACUUUGUGAGAGUGUAGCUAAACCACAAAGUAGUGUGACAUUGACACUUCUCAUUUGCUACUGUGACACCAAACAAUGCCAUCACCCUAAUGGUACAGGGUAAAGUUGGAGAUAGACAUUAAGCUGCCAGGUUUCAAGCUGGCAUGUAACUUUUCAUCUUCAGCAGUUUGCCUGGGUUCUGGUUACUGUGAGACAAACAGCAUUCCCUUUACAGGACUACCCAAGGGCUUUGUUAGUCUUCCAGAUAAGGCCUCUGGCUUCCUCUGUAAGAGGAAAUGCUACUGCAUUGGGAGUCUUCUGUGGAGACUGUUCCCAACUUAGAGUGUAAAGUAGAAAUGACCUCUUCAUGGAAGUGAUGCCUUGGUGAACCCACCACACAUGUGCACUGUCUAUAAGAACCAGGGGCAGCAGUGAGAGGGCUUGGCAGUGACACUGAAGAUGAUUUACCCAGGAACUAAACCUUAAUUGAUGAACUUCCACCAUGCUUAAAAUAUUUGAGUGUCUAUGUAGAGAUGCAAAACUUAUAAAGCUUCUAGCAAGAAUAUAGAUUACGUGAGAAACCACUGUUUCUCCUUAAAGGUUACUUCAGCUCUAAAUCAUGUUUGUGCCUCUGCUGGAGUUCAUUGGUUUGUAUCUUCAUAUAAGAUUUCCCCUGGAGUAGAAGGACAAAGACAUAGAAAUCAAACAACAAACUUCACUUUACAAAGCCAAGAACAAGAAGAUGCCCACAGGGCUGGGAUGUGUUCCUCCCUGAGCAUGGUCACGACUGCUGUCUUAUACACCUUGCAUGGAGAUAUUUCGAUAAAAUGUUUGCUUGUCUGAGGCAUGGAGAACCUGAGAAUUUGACUGUUAUUAUAUUUGAGCUCUAAGCAAAUUCUCUAAGAUACCAUGAUAUUAGAAAUGAGGCUAUUAUACAAUCUCAAUUAAUAAAAAACUCAGAUGAAUGGCUGGGAAGAUGGCUCACUGGCUAAGCACACAUACUGCUCUUUCAGAGGACCCAAGUUCAGUUCCAAGAACCCCCUUUGAGCAGCUCACAACCACUUCUAACUACAGCUCUAGGAGAUCCAAUCCAUCUGGCCUUCAACUGCGACUGUAUUCAUAUGCCCACACAGGCAGGACCAUACAUAUUCAACAACAGAACCAAUGCACAUGAGGAGGAGAUUUGCCUAGUGAAACUUAGUUGAAUUAUUGAAUAGUCCUUAUUUGCCUGUGGUUGUUCUUAUACUAUGAGUGUUGCUGUGUAGCUCAGGCAGAGCUGUUUCAAUAGCCUGCUUUGCACCUUACCUAGAAAGCCUGAGGGAGGUGGAGUCUUACACAUACACAUUGAAGUGCUGCUCUUAUUAAUAAUUGAAAAGGAGUAGCCUGGAUGUUGUAUGCUGUAUUUCACACAGGUUUUCUGUGAAGAGAGAGAAAAUGCACAUAAAAUUGACCUUGGGAUUUUGAAUAUUGUUUUAGUGCUUGAGUAACAGAGAUUUAUUGACCAUGUGAAUAGCCGGGAUAGAUUCAGUUACGGUUUAAUAUAAGCCACAUUUAUCCUUAGUUUGUUUGAACCAGUGCUCUUCACUGGAGGUGUGUGCCAGCUGUCUGUUCUUUCACUUGCCGGACUAGCAGUGUAGCAGUAGUGACAUCUUCAGAACAUCCUGAUGAAAUGUGCUCAAAGGAAGUGAGGACAAUGUCUUCAGACUGCUCAGAAGAUAGCUUUUGUUCCCAGUAAACAUAAGUACUGUGAGAGAGGUUUUUUCUCUCCCUAGUUCUUGUUUCAUUAGCUUCAGCCCUGUGUCAAAACAGGUGUUAACAGUAGUUGUGAACACUGAAGCCUUGCUGGGGCUUAUAGGCAUGUGCCACCAUGCCUAGCUAAAGGAUCUCAUUAUGAUUACAAUAUUUAUCUUUUUGUUUAAUAAUAGGCUUUACUUUAGUCCUUUCUAAUGUUUAGAGGAAAUGGACACUAUCUCUCUGUAUCAUCUAUAACAUUUUUACAUGUUAAACCUUUAUGACCCGUAUGACCUGUAGCAGCAGACCUUCCAGGCCUGUGUUUUCCCAAUGGACAGCAAAAACAGUAUUUAACAUUUCAUUCUCUAGAUAUCCCUCAUUUGGAGUAGACCAUCUUUCAAUAUCUGUUAGUAUAGUUGUUGCCUUGUUUGAAACUUGGCUGUACAUUCUGUUGUUUGUUACUGAUUAGUUAUGAGGCUUUCAAAGUGAAGCUCAUUAGCUAACGUACAACCCACAAAGCAUGGAUCAUUUCUCUGUAUUCAGAAUCAAUUUGGCAUAAAGAUGUUCCUUGUGGCUUCUUAAUCCAAGUA